AUGGACAAGAUGGGAAUAACCAUAUCUCACAAACCAGGAAAAAUUUUUGCGAAAAGAAGCGUCAAGACAAUCCAUGGAAAGGCUGGUUCUCGAGAAAUGGUAACGGUCAUGGCGUGUGCUAAUGCAAGCGGAACUGCAAUUCCACCCCAUUUCAUUAUACCAGGUCAAACAAGACGUGCUUUGCAGGGAUAUGGAAUUGAAAAUCUUCCAAGGGAAUCUCAACUGAAGGAAGCGAAGUUUUCAGUUUCUGAGAGUGGCUGGACAAAGGAUGGGAUCCCUCGCCUUUGGUUUGAGCAUACAUUCUUACCUAAUAUUGGAAACGAAAGACCAGAAUUACUCAUAUUCGAAGAAGAUGGGUCCCAUAACAAUGUUGAAUUUAUUGAAAUUGCUAGAGCCAACAACAUUGUGGUCACGGAGCUUCCGAGCCACACCAGUAACUGGACCCAGUUACUAGACCGUUCUUUUUUAAGUCCUUGA